GAGGUGUAGAGACCUCUCAAGGAUAUGUGAGCUCCUGAGAGGAAGUUUGGGAAGGGAGGGGGUGUCUGCACUGAGACUGAUCCAGAAUCAGAUUUAUGGAAGGCAGCUGUUGAGGGUUUGACAGACAGACGGAUCGGAGCACUGCUGCGUAACACAAGCAGAUUCAAGUCUGCAGAGGAGUGUGUCAGAUCACACUUAAACAGCAAGGAUGGUGCGUGAGCAGUACCUCACCACCACAGAUGAGUCUGGGGCUCUGGCUCCAGUCAAUGAGUACAUCUACAUGAUUGGCAUCUACGGCUGGAGGAAACGCUGCCUCUAUCUGUUCGUUCUGCUUCUCCUCAUCAUUCUGGUGGUGAACUUUGCCCUAACGAUCUGGAUCCUGCGAGUCAUGUGGUUCAAUACGGAAGGCAUGGGAUACCUGCAGGUCAAUGAAGAUGGACUGAGACUGGAGGGAGAAUCUGACUUUUUGUUCCCUGUCUAUGCCCAGGAAAUUGAUUCCAGAGAGGAUUCAGCUCUUCUGGUGCACUCCUCUGAAAACGUUACACUCAAUGCUCGCAAUGCCAAUGGUGAUGUAACAGGAAGUGUGUCUGUAGGUCCCAGUAAGGCCGAGGGCUUUGGCCAACACUUUUAUUUGUGUUUGAUUUUAGAUGCUGAAAGCGUUCGUCUGCCGACGUUACCUGUGGGAGAAGCCAGAACGUCAGGUGACUCUCAGGGAAUGUACAACACAUAUGAAGUGUGCGUUUGUCCCAGCGGUAAGCUCUUCAUCUCCAGAGCUGGCGUCUCUUCGACCUGCAGCGAGCGCCAGGACUGCUGAAUGACCUUCUGUCCUUAACGCCCACACUAGAAACAAAUCGUGUUGUUACAUUGUAUUGGGCAAGGUUAAAAAACCCCAUCACGAUAUGUAUUAACAUGUUACUGAAGAUCAGAGGUGUACAUUCAUCUGUUUGGUUGGGGUUUUAUCAUGAUAGGGAAGAUGAAAUAUGCAGUAUAUACAACACACACCCAUGGCAAUUUGUAACUAUUUAUGUUUUGGUGAAUUGGUGGUUAUAAAUUCAAACCUAAUAAAUUCUAAUUUAAUUCUUAUGUUUCCAUACAAUCUGCCUACUCCCCACUGACGUUUAGGUUUAAGGGAGGACCCUUAUGAUUAUUAUUAUUAUUUUUGAAAUAUGUCUAUGUAUGAAUCACAUUGUAUGAAUUCAUACAAAAUCACCUUGUAAAAUAGUUACAUUUUCUAAUGAGAUCGGGUUGUGUAGACUGUACUUUAUUUUUCUCCUUUUUUUGUAUAACAUUUUUUCAAAAUUAGGCUGGGCAAUAAAGGGGCUGGUAAACAGCUGACAUCCUAAGCAAUAUAAUUUUGAGGUGCAAUAAAUACCCAAAUUCUGUGUGAUGCAUAUCAGCUAGUUAUUGUUUAAAGAUGCGCUCAUUCAUAGAGAAAUUAUUACAAACAAAACACUUAUGUGCUUCUCCGAGGGUUAUGAUAUAUACUUCUGAAAUCAGUUUAAUAUCAACGUUUUUUUUUAUUAAGUCAUGCAUAAUAAUAAAUUUCUGUCUGAAGAACUGCACUACCCACAAUCCUGAAGCAGUAGCUUUGAAUUCUUCUGUUAAGCAUUGCAAUAUAAUCUAAUCCAAAUGUCUCUCAUUUUUGUCAAAUGGCUAAAUCUAUGUGUUAGUGCCAAAACAGCUGGGGUAUUGAGAGUAACCACAUUCUGUUCUGUAUGUAAAACAUCAACAUAAUUGAUCUAGUAAAAAAACAAACAAAAAAAACUGUAAGAUAUAAAGUGCUCUUGGUUUGAUAUCAAAUUAGGCAUCUCCAUUUAUUUCAUAUAAAUGUAUAUGAAAUAAUAUAAGUAUCAAAAUGGUAUAAUUUACCUAUGGCAGCUUGAAACUUUGGGAUGUUUGUGUGUUUUAUCAGAAUUGUUUUGCAUAUGUUCUGUUUGAAAAUGCUGAGUGAUUAUGUUUGUAUAUACAUUGGUUGGGAAUCUUCACAUUUAUUCAUCAGUUGUAUAUUAUAUUUUGGUUGAGGUAUAUUUCUUCAAUGGGAAAUCUCAUAUUUUGAGGUUUACAUAUGUAAAGUAAAUAAUUACAAUACUGACCUUUGAAUGAUAUUAUAGUUUAACUAUAAAGCAUGUAUGAACAAGUGUAAAUUGUUUUUUCCACAUUAAGUGUUUUGGCAUGAGUUGACAUGAUAAUUAAUAAUAAUAAAAAAAUCAUUAAACUUAAGGGAAAAUUUUGUGCGCAAUAAACGGUAUAUUUUGUACCAUUAUUACCUGAUACUAUAUGACUGAACAGUGGAUUCAGAGGAAUUUUUAAGAAUUAAAAUUAAGAAUAAAAAUAAGAGCCACUGUCAGUGGGUCUCAAAUUUACAGAGCUGUAAUAUGACAUUAUGAGAUUGAAACAAAUGACAAAAUAUAUUUGUUCAAACAAUACAGUAGCCAGUGUUUAAUUUCAGUCUCUCGCAGUUAAACAAAGGAAACGGAUGAAAAAACAUCAUUGACAUUGAGCACCAUAUGAGUAUCUAUGUUCCUCUUACACAACUUUCAGAGAACUUCACGCAAAAAAAUCUCAGCAGUAGAGGACAAGAGGUUCCCAUUGUGAAUAAUAGAAAAUGCAUAUUUAAUCAAUGCGUUUCUGAGGAAUUACGCAUGUUGUAUGAUGUGUACACGGCAAUUAACUGACAGGUGAAAUUUCAAGAGAAAAUGUCACUUGUUAUAUUUUUAAGUGGUACAUUUUUUAAAUAGUAAUAUGUAAUAUGUGCUAAAACUACACCCACCAGUAUCCUUGUAUGGGAAAUAAAAAGUGCUCUGUUAAGCCCCAAGCCAACAAUGUAUACAUGUAUAGUUCAGUUGCGAUAAAGUUGAUUUUGAAAUAUGAAAUAAAUUUCAUUCUUGCAGCCAGACAGAUACAGUAAUUGCACUGGUAAACACUUAUGAACCUGCUGUCAUAUUACAUCUUCAAGAUGUAAUUUAAAGUCUUUCAAAUAUUUUUAUUUUCACUGUUUAAUGUUCAGGUUAUGCACAGUAUUACAUAUACAGUGACAGGAGCAUGUCAAUUACCUUGUGGAUUUGCCAGCUGAUAAAACGGUGUAUGAACAUUAUAACCUGCCGUUUUUAUUUCAGAAUGAGCUACUGGCACAUAAUUGAUAUAGAUCCCAUUAAGAAACCAUGAGCUGAUUUGCCUGUCAUUGCUGGAUUGCACAUGAUUCAUUCAUUCAAAUUUCUGCUAUCACUCAAUUACAUAAAAGUGCAGUGCAACUCAUGCUAUUAAAUCACUAUACCGUCAACUUAAUGACUAUGGCAGGAAAAAUACAUUUCUAAAAAAGAUU